UUGUAAGUAUUUUAGUAAGAACCUCCAUGAAUUGUGUUCAUCCUGCUUUGGUGUUUUAAAGAGUUUCCAGCAAGAAAAUGGUCAUGUAUAUUUUAUGGACAUUGCUGUUUUUCCAUGUGUCAGCACAGCGGUGGACUUUGUUUGAUGAAGAGUCAAAGCCUAAACGUGAAGGCAGAGUGCGAUUGGUGGGGGAUCUGCCUUCAUCUGGUCGUGUGGAGGUCUACCAUGACGGACAGUGGGGUACAGUUUGUGAUGACGGAUGGGACCUUGCUGAAGCACAAGUGGUGUGUCGUCAGCUGGGUUUUCCUGGAGCAAUAUCAGUUACGCCUGGAGGACAAUAUGGUGAAGGCUCUGGUCCAAUCUGGCUGGAUGACAUGAACUGCAAAGGCUCGGAGGGCUCAUUGUCUGAAUGCUGCUUCAAAGGCUGGGGUGUUACUGACUGCUCACAUAAAGAGGAUGCAGGAGUGGUCUGUGAAACUGGUACAAACAUAACCAGCAAUCAUCAGUUCUUUCUGGAUAACAGUCUGGGUUUGUCUGAUGAUCUUGGUCUUCUGUUUGACAGUGGAGAUGGUUGUGAUUUCACAAUUAAUGUCCAAGACGUCAGUGAAGAGUCAGAAUUGACUUUUUGUGUGCACAGUAUGAUCGUUAUGAUUUAUCCAGAACUAAACAUAACAAACAACUCCGGAAACUUCACAGUGGAUAUCAGCCAGACCUGCCAUCCUCAUGUCUCUGCUUUUCUUAGGUAUUUGUACACACGUCAGAUUGAUGUUUCCAUCACAUCGGCUCAAUGUCUGCAUCAGCUGGCGUUUACCUUUGGAGUGAAGAAGCUUAUGAAGGAUGUUGGCAGGGUCUUCACUUUACUCAUUCCUGAAGACAACACCUUCCAUACACAGGUAUCCAUGUUCAAGUAUGGCGUCCGCACAGGUGACCUUGUUCUGCAGGAGAACGUCCUUCAGUAUCUUUCCUGGAACUGCGAGUAUCUCAUAAGCUCUCCAGUGUGGAGCACCAUCUCCUUUCACAUGAUGGACGCUCUGCUGCGGCGCUCAGACCUGGUUGUGAAGGAUGAAGCUUUUCUUCUUGAAGCUCUGGAGAGAUGGAUCCAAGACAAAGGUGAUGAGAUUAGUUCAGAUCAACAGGCCAGUCUCCUGAAUCACAUCCGCUUCCUCUUGAUCCCAGUGGAUAAGCUGUAUGCAAUGCAGUUUUCCUCAGGCGUUCUCCGUCAGAAUCAUGAGAAACUGUACCUAACUGGUCUGCUCAGAGGAUUUCAGUUCAAUGUUCUACCCUUCUCCAAGAUCAGGAAUCAAAUUGAUAACAUAAGUAGUGAGUAUCUACCCAGAAUCUACACUGGAGAUGAGUGGAGUCUAUUUAUCAAUGACACAACCGUCAGUUACCAAUACCAUCACUACUACUAUGGCCAAAAUAACAGAAUCCAAACCUUCUCCACUCCUGCACACCCUAGUGCUCUUUACAGAGAACAAAAUGUGCAGUGGCAAGCCCAGGUGUUUCUUAGUAAUCAGGAAUGCUCUAAUUAUGGGGUUUCAUGUACAUCUUUUCCUGUUGCAAGAUUAUACGGAUAUGGUAUCAAAAACAGCAUGGCAGUGAUUCCAAAUAACAGCAGUAUGGAUCUGCCAAACCCCUGUCCUGAUGACUACAGUUUUAGAUUUGUAGUGCGUCCAGAGUAUAUCUGA